AUGCCCCAUCGGCCAACCAAAGAGGAACUGCUCGAGGCCGCCAACGGCUUUUGGCAGCGUCUCAAGGUUCGUCUAAAAUGGGUGUCGAUCAGAAGUAUGAGGCCGUGGAAUAUUGAUGAAUGGGGUGCUUUUGUUUCAUGGUUUCUUUUCGGCCACCUCGCUUGGAUCAUCGUCGGCACAACCACAUUCUUCUCCCUGAUCAUUUUGUCAAUCAACACUGUUGUUGCCCAAGAAACACUCGCGCAAUGGGUAGGUGACUAUUUGACACAGUCUGCUGGCGUUACCGUUGUUUUCGAGUCUGCUAUUGUCCCCAAGUGGCGUGAUAAUGUUAUCUCUUUCCGCAACGUUUUUGUGUCCCGACGACCUGGCCAAGGCAACGUCUCAUCCGUAAGCAAAGGCUCGUCAGAUGCUGCCGCCGAGGCUGCCGCUGGCCGCAAAGCAGAUUUCGUGGGAACGUCUGAAACUGAGGACGAUGGAAACUACACUCAAUUUGACGUCACUCUUUCAACGGUCAAUGUCACGUUGUCAUUCCUGAACUGGUGGAAUGGCAAAGGACUGUUGAAAGAUGUUGAAAUCAAGGGUGUUCGCGGUGUCAUUGACCGAACUUCAGUGACAUGGCCAGCCGAGGAGGUUGAUCCUCUGUCAUAUCGUCACAAGCACCAACCAGGAGAUUUUGAGAUCGAAAAGUUCAAAAUGGAGGACCUAUUACUCACCGUUCACCAACCAGGCGGGUUCCGGCCAUUCUCUAUCAGCAUCUUCUCUUGCGAGCUGCCCCAGCUUCGCAAGCAGUGGCUAUUUUAUGAUUUCCUUUCAGCCAACCACAUGUCAGGGUCUUACGAUGGUUCCCUGUUUACGAUCCAUCCCCGGCAAGUCCACGGCGUGGUACCCAGUGGUAAUGGUGACCCAGAAGCUUCUGUUGGUUUUGGUGAUCCCAAGGCGUGGAAAAAGUUCAGUCGGCUCCGAAUUGAUGGUUUGAAGAUAGACCAUCUCAACCGUGGUGUUGAGGGGCCUUUUGGCUGGAUAUACGAAGGGAAUGUUGAUAUUGUUGCUGAUGUCAUGUUUCCCGCCGACACCGACGAGAGCAUCACCAAGGUCAUGGCCGACUUCUACGAUCAGCUUGAAGAAAUCGUCGACACAAAUAGGCACCGCUUCAUGCGCAACAUCCAAGAGCAAGGCCCUGCUCUUCUUACAUCAGGGCACCUUUCAGACUCAGCUGGAGAUAUCCACGGCGAAGAGCCACCCGUCGAGCCGCAGACAAGUGAUGAUGAGCGUCGCUACCUCAUCAUGGACCUCCGGAUCUCCAUGAACGAUGUCAAAGCUGCAGUUCCUCUCUUCACCAAGGAUAUGUCAUACGUCAAUCAGGCAUUGGUCCGUCCUAUCGUUGCUUAUAUCAACGCGAAGAAGACAUACAUACCAAUCAAUUGCCGUAUCGUGAAACGAGCCAGCGACUUCGAUGGUAGCUGGUCGAUCUUUGACUGUGGUCUAAUGAACGAUAUGUCAGCGGAGACAUAUGAUGCAUUUGCGAAUGACGUCGAAAACCAACAGAGCCGAGUUCGGCGGUUCAAAAAGGUUGGGUUCUGGACCUUAUCGCUUGCGGUCCAUGCCCUCUUUAUGGGAAUGGCGGGCAAUGUGGUGAGCAACAUGAUGGGUGGCAACUGA